AUGGUGCUGAAGGUGAAGAUGGAGGAGGUGACAGGGAUGGGCAAGUGCGUGGCGGCGUUUGAGGCGAAGCUGAGGGAGCAAGGCGACGCCAUGGCUGCUUUGAAGCAAGAGAUGGCGGACAUGCGCCGCAACAUGGCCCUCCUCAAGGGGAUAGCGGAGGGGGCAGGAAAAGGGAGCGCGUCAGGAAAGGCAACGGAGGGUAUUGACGCGCAGCCGCUGAAAGAAAGCGAAGGGGAUGAGGCGAAAAGGGAGGGCGAUGCGAAGGAGGAGGAGGAGGAGGAGGAGGAGGAGGAGGAGGAGGAGGAGGAGGAGGAGGAGGGCGCGGAGUAUGUUAACCCGGAGGACGAGUUGCGGAAUCUGAGGGUGCGAGUGGAAGCUCUGGAGAAAACGAGCGACAGGGAAGGCCAUGUGUGGGAGGUGAGUGCACACGUGGAAGGCUAA